AUGGCGGAUUACAAGCUCGCCGACUUUGAGACAUUCCACAAUGUGAUUGGGAACGAACUCUCAGCCACAGAAAAGACUCGUCGAGCGGUCAACCCUAGCGAUAAGCAGCAGCUUGCCGAGGUGCCCGUCUCAACACAGGACGACGUUGACCGCGCCGUGGCCGCUGCCCAAGCAGCCUUCCCAGCAUGGCGUGAUCUCACUCAAGACGACCGAGCUGGUCUCCUGCUCAAGUUUGUCGAGGCUAUCGAGGCCAACCAGCAGGAAUUCGCGCAGCUCCUCGGCAAAGAAGCUGGCAAGCCUCCACAGGCCGUUGGAAUUGAACUAUUCCUGCUGUCCCAUCAGAUCCGUGAAGUCAUCAAGUAUCGGUUGACCGAAGAAGUGAUUGAGGAUACCGAUGAGCGGAAAAUUGUGCUUCGCCACGUUCCCUUGGGUGUGGGCGUCGGCAUCGUUCCUUGGAACUUUCCAAUGCUGCUAGGAAUCGUCAAGCUCGUCUCGGCACUGUUGGCUGGAAACACUUUUAUCUGGAAGCCUUCUCCGUACAGCCCCUAUACAGCCCUCAAACUGGGAGAGUUGGGCGCCAAAAUCUUCCCCAAGGGAGUUUUCAACGUACUCAGCGGCGAAGAGGACCUUGGUCCAAUGCUUACAGGUCACCCCGGUGUUGCCAAAAUCAGCUUUACUGGAUCAGUAGCCACCGGCAAAAAAGUGGCGGCGGCGUGUGCGCCGACAUUGAAGCGCUUCACCCUUGAGCUCGGUGGCAAUGAUGUGGCCAUCGUAUACCCAGACGUCGAUAUUGCAGCGACAGUCCCCAAGAUCGCUACUCUAUCAUUAUUGCAUACCGGCCAGGUCUGCUUUUGCAUUAAGCGUGUUUAUGUGCACGAAGACAUAUAUGAUGCCUUCCUGGCCGCCUUUGUCGAUUUUGUAAAGACUCUCAAGACCGGUGGCUCUGCAGAUGCUCAGGCCGCACUUGGCCCUGUCCAGAACAGCAUGCAACACGCAAAGCUGUUGGACUUGUAUAGCGAUAUCACAAAGCAAGGUUUGAAGGUCGCUUAUCGUGCUGAGCUGGACUCAUCCGAGACAAAGGAUGGCCUCUUCCUUCCGGCCACUGUUAUCGAGAACCCUCCCGAUGAUUCGCGCCUCGUUGUUGAAGAGCAGUUUGGCCCGAUUGUACCGCUUCUAAAGUGGUCUGAUGAGGAAGAUGUAGUGCGCCGCGCAAACUCGUCCCUGAUGGGUCUCGGUGGCUCAGUGUGGAGCACCAAUCUCAAGCAGGCCGAGAACACGGCGCGGCGUCUCGAAGCUGGCACCGUCUGGGUGAAUGCUCAUUUCGAGGUUGGACCCCAAGUCGGAUUUGGAGGCCAUAAGGAAAGUGGCAUUGGUGUCGAAUCUGGAUUGGAUGGAAUCAAGGGAUGGUGCAACGCUCAGGCAAUUUGGGCAAGGAAGUAG